UCUCCUCAUCAAGUAAUGGUACUAGCCCUAUUAGUUACAACAUGCCUGGUUGUGGCAUCCAUCUUUUAUUUAAUCUGUAUAGCAUGUCGCUUGCAUCACGAAGCUAUUCGCCGGCGUGUCGCCAGGUUUUUGGCCGGGGCACCAUCGGCGUCGCCUCAGGUUUCCUCCGUGAUAAUUUCUCUACCUACUUCUGGCCUUGAUGACUGCACGAUUCAGUCAUACCCAAAGGUAGUCCUUGGUGAAAGCCGACGGCUUCCGGGGCUUAACGCGGUAACUUGCCCGAUAUGUCUAGUUGAGUACAGUGGUGGAGAGUCAGUGAGGCUCAUUCCUUUGUGUGAACAUAGCUUCCAUGCCGACUGUGUUGAUGAGUGGUUGAAGAUAAAGGCCACCUGCCCUGUUUGCCGAAAUUCUCCACAUCUUUAGAUUGUGUUAAUACUGAACUGUUACCUGAUUCUUUUGGUAGCUACUCUACUCAUUUUCUUGUUUUGUGUUCUAGGGUUGUUUCUUAAAUUUGUUGUGUGCGGAAUGAAUGUUCUUAUUCAUUUAGCUAUCAUGUUUUCUAUAGGUUGGU